CUCAUUCCCCUGGUUGGAGUAGUGGCCUUUGCAGCUGGUGGGACGGUCGUUUUUGGUGUCUAUUCUCUAUUCAGCAAAUCCGAUGUGAUCAUUAACAAGAGUGGCAAUCCAGAACCGUGGCAAACUAUUGAUCCUACCAAGCCCCAGAAGCUAUUAACAAUCCAUCAGAAAUGGAAACCUAUAGAAGAGCUGGAAGAUGUCAGAAAGCUUACGAAGUGA